UACCAGUCAGCUGUUCAGUGUUUUGCUCCUCCACAAACCCACGAAAAUUUUCGAAACCCUCGUGACUAAUUAGAUAAAUAAUUAAUUAAUUAAUCCUAACAAUAAUAUUAAUAAACAAAAUAAAGAAACGCGUAAAAAGUUACAAAAAUAAAUAAAAUGUGUAAAAUAUCCGAAAUUGUUUAUGUGCAAAGUGUAGUCAUGUGCGCACGUCCUGUGGCGCAUGAGGCGGGUGUUUGUGUAACUAGAAGCCCGAGUGUAUUUUAGCAGUACCUUUGAUGAUACGGUAGUUUGUGUGCGUGAGUGAUAACAGUCAGUCUCGGUCGUGUGCUCGGUCUAUUAUGAGGUCAGACGUCGAGCUAGAGCAUUUUGAAUUUAAAGUCUAGCGUAGGUUUAGUCUGUCGAUUGACGUCGACCUGAGCUGUCAGCUGUCAAUUUAUAUUCCGUAUUUAUUGUUAAUUUUAUUUUUUACAUUAUUUAUUGUCUAGUAUUUAAAGUGUAAUGCUCGAGUCCUGUGAAUGCCAUAUAUUUUAUUAUUUAUUGCUGUGAUGUGUCGGUUUAAAUUUAAAAUGCAAUGCGGUACUUUGGUAACUAAUAAGUUCUGUGGUUAUUUUAUUAUUGUUUUUUUAAUUUAUUGUGGGUUCUGUUGUACUAUUUGUUGUGCUAAUGGAAUAUUUAGUGAUCAUAAGUGUAGUCAUCAACAUCCACGUCCUCAUGAGAUCGUACAUGGUGUUCAUAUCGAACCAGCCCAUGAAGUCAAAAAACGCAGUAUUAAUCAACCGCUAAGAAUUCUAUUAUUUUAUGAUGACAGUGUUUACAGAUUGGAUGCGGAGAAAUUCGACCUCAUUAAUAAUACCAUAUUACCAGAAGCUGUACACUUUUGGGAACGUACACUAAUGGUCCGAGAAACUAAAAAUACAAUUCGUUUAAAUCGUAAAUGUGAGAGCAGCCGAGUUUUUGUGAAAGACCACCAUACGUAUUGCAUCGAUACGUGUCGACCUACGACCAUGUGUGGGGAAGUUAAUGUACCGGAAGCUCAUCUUGAUGUAUGUAGAGUAUGUAAUGCAACUGGACAAAAAUGCGGUGUACAAGAGGGCAGUACAGCUGGUGAAGGAAUUGAUGGCGCUGACUUUGUAUUUUAUGUGUCGGCAUUACAAUCAGAACGUUGUCAUAAUGGAUUGACUGUUGCUUAUGCAGCUCAUUGUCAACAAGAAGCUGCAUUAGACAGGCCAAUUGCCGGACAUGCAAAUUUAUGUCCUGGAAGCAUCAGCACAAAGCCUCAGGAACUAGAAACACUAUUGAGUACAGUAAAACAUGAAAUAUUACACGCGUUAGGUUUUUCAUUGAGUCUCUAUGCGUUUUAUCGCGAUGAAAACGGGGAACCCCGGACACCAAGACGCGCCGAAACCGGAAAACCUCAACUCAAUGAAAAGUUGCAAACGCACCAGUGGAGCGAGAACACGAUAAAAACAAUAGUGAGGCCGCAGUGGCAUGUGAGGGGUGGCAGCGUCGAGCGAUCGAUGCAGAUGAUUGUUACACCGCGUGUCAGAGAAGAAGUACGUGCGCAUUUUAAUUGCCCUAAUUUGGAAGGCGCAGAAUUAGAGGACCAGGGCGAGGAUGGUACCGCACUCACCCACUGGGAAAAAAGAGUUUUCGAGAAUGAAGCUAUGACUGGUACUCAUACACAAAAUCCAGUGUACUCCCGUAUAACCCUUGCCCUAAUGGAAGACACCGGCUGGUACACCGCCAACUAUUCAAUGGCCCAAGAGCUGGGAUGGGGUCGCCGCUUAGGCUGUGAUUUCGCUAUGAAAUCUUGCAAGGAAUGGAUAUCUACGCGCUCAUCACGUCUAUCGGGGAAAACAAUUCAUCCAUUUUGUAAUAAAGUUAAACAAGAUCCAUUACAAACAGAGUGUACUGACGAUCGAAGCUCAGUAGCUCUGUGUAAUCUUGUAGAGCAUCCGCAGCCCUUACCAAAAAAAUAUCAGAAUUUUGAUUGGAUCCCACAUGUGCAGUCGGGUAAAGAACAAUACUACGGCGGAUCAGUAUCUCUGGCUGACUAUUGUCCUUACAUACAAGAGUUCACGUGGCGGGCUAAGAAUAUUGUGAUUCGUGGCUCUCAUUGUCUUUAUGAAGAGAACAAUCCACAUCCAGAAAAAAAUUUCGCAUUAGAAAAUUACGGGCCGCACUCGAGGUGUUUUGAUCAUACUAAUGAUAUGUGGGAAGAGAGAACAUGUAAACAAGCGAGGCAAUGGCAGCACUGGGGCUCGGGGUGUUAUCAAUAUAAGUGUGAAGCUGGGAGACUUCAUAUUAUGGUUGCAAACUAUACAUACACUUGUUAUCACGCUGGUCAAAAAUUAACCAUUAAAAUAAUCGAAAACGAAUGGCUGCACAAAGGCGCGCUGAUCUGUCCUCCGUGCAAAGAAAUAUGCCAGCAAGAGUUGAAAUCAAAAGGCGAGUGGUGCAAACCCGGGGACGAGCAUCCGCCCUCAACUUUUUACCACCAAGAUCACUUGCAGUGCGGCAUUGACCGGAAAUUGCCCUCGAUCCUUCGCGUUAUAUUAUUUAUCAGUAUCAAUGUCAUUUUCAGAUGAUCUAAUUCCGUUUUAUCAUCAUUAAGUUUUUAAUUGCUAACAACAAUUUCAUGAUAAUUGAUAAUCAUAAGAAUAAUAAAAACAAUAAUUUUUUUAAAUUGAAACAAAAAAUCGAUUAAAAGUUUAAUUACUAAAAUAAGUGGACGUCAUAUCGUAAUUGUAAAUUAGAAAAAUUUUUAAUUGAUCAAAUAAAAAAAAAAGUAUUAGUUAAGAUUAUUUGAUAUUAAAGAAUUGAAUUGCAAAUUUUGUUGAAAAAAAAAAUACGUAAAAUAAAAUGUAUAUAGUUUAUCACGUAAAAAAUCGAUAUCGAUAUUUUGGGUAUCGAUACAAAUAUUCAAGACAAGUAUGGGUUGUGGGUACUCGUUUCAAAGCGCAGGCGAUUUCCUGUCGAUAUAUGUCAUUGAAAAUAUUUAUUAAUUGUCGAGUAAUUACAAUUGCCAUUGCGACAAUUAGCUGUAUAGAUUUUAAAUGGCUAAUAACUUUUGAACAAUCGACUUUACGCUAUUUUAUGUCUGAUAAAAAUUUAUCGGUAAUUUAAUUGCCAACAAAUUUGUUUAUGUAAAAAAAUACCGUAGGACCAACGGUUUAAAAGUUAUCAGCGUUUAAAGUUCAAAUUAUAUAAAUAAUAAUAACAACAAUUUUAAUUACUGAUAAAUAAUUAUUUUUUUUUUAUAGUCUUGUAGAAAAUAACGAGAGCUUUUAAAUGAGUACCAACAACCCAUACCUGAGGUGAUUUAUAAAAUAUCAUUGGUUGUAAAAUUUAAAAAAUGUUUUUUUUUUUCUAAAUUUAUUUAUCAAAAUAUAUCAGUAUGAUAAAUAGAUAACGCAAAUUAUUGUGAGUGAUUUAUAAAAAUAAUUAAUUUAAAGUAAAUGUUAUCAAGUGAAAUGAAAAAAAUAAAUUUUAACAAUUGUUUUUAAAUUGUUUAAAUAUUAAUAAAAUAUAAUAAUGCAAUUACUAUAAUUAUUAUUAAUUAAAAAUAAAUAGCGACGGGCAUUUUAUAAU